AUGUCUGAAGUUGCGAGUACUGAGGGAGCGAAGGCAAGCACUGAGACCCAAACAACAGCGGCUACGACUGCACCCAGCACGGUAGUUUCUGCUGCUGAAUCGGGCACUAAAACAGCUAACAGCACACCUCUGGGUCGCAAGGGUCGUCGCAAGAAGAAACGUGAACAACUUCCUGAAGGUUUCGAGCAAUGGAGCGAAGAGGAUCAAAAGUACUAUCAGGUAUUGUCCCUGAGAUACAAAAGACGUCCGGGUAGUUCACUGAUAUUUUUGCAGGCUGUAUCGGCGCUGUUACGCGACGUAAAGGCAACCCGAAGACAGUGCAGUAUGAGGCGUGAAUGGCCUAGUAGAUGGCGUCUUUUCCGAAUGAUGUCAAAAGGCUCUGCGAUUUACCCGGUUGAACUGGAGGCGUUCAGACGAGCUAAAGAAACAUUCACACCGGUUGACAAGAACGAGCAAUUGGAUCUUGAUUUUUAG